AUGACGCCGGGCGGCGGGGUGGCGCUGGAGUCGCGGCAGCGCAUCACCGGCGGCGCUACCGGCGCGGUGGCGCUGCUGCCCCGCGCGUCCGGCGGAGCGGUAGACGUCGCCUACCCGUCCGGGGAUGUCGUCGUCGUAUCCGAGGUGAGCGCCACCGGUGCACUCUCCGACGCCCCCGUCGUGAUACGACCGGGGUCAGCGGAGGAUGGCGCGACAUCGCCGCCCGGAGCGGGGAGGAUCAUCUGCGCGUGGGCGCCCGGCGCGGAACGCGCGGGUCUCCUCGCGAUCGGCGCACUCGGCGCCGUCCACCUGUACGCGCCGAGCGACGCGGGCGUCGCGUGGACGCUCGUCGACCGCAUCGCGCUGGACGCGGACGCGACCGCGCUGACGUGGACGGACGACGGCGAUACGGUCGUCGUGGCCACCGCGUCGGGGUUCGUGGGCGCGUUCGAGUGGCGCGUCGCCGAAGGAGAAGCGCCGACGACGAUCGGUCAACCGGAUGCGUCGUCGUCGUCGACUACUAACAACGGGACUGACGACGGCGGCGCUUCCCCUUUGGCGGAGUGGCGCCGUCGCGCGCGCGCGCCCGUCGCGCAGAAGUUCAUCGCGGCGGGUCGCGACGCGCGCGCCCCGUUCAUCACCGCGGGCGGCGGAACCUCCCGCCGAGCGUUCCUGUGGCUGCCCUCGACGCGAUCGAAACGUGACGAAGAGACUCUUCGCGUCCAAGUCGCCGAGCUGCGUCACCCGGCGCCCGUCGUGAACGUCGCCGCUCGUCCGGGACCGUGCGACGGGGACUCACCGCUCGCCGCCGCGCUCACCGUCGCCGCCGACGGCGCGGCGAGGCUCUGGACCCGAACCCCGCGCGUAUUAUUAGGUGAAGAGGACACCGGAACGACGAACGCGUUCUUCCAGGCGCUGACGAUUCAGACGGAGAUGGUAUGUCCCGCGACUGGCGCGCCGAACCCCUCGCCGUGCGACCUCCUCGCCGCGAGGUGGAUCUCGACGGCGAGCGGCGAGUACGCGGCGGGGAUCGGGCAGGACGGCGUCGUCCGGGUGUGGCGCUGCGUCGGCGUGGAUGGAGGAUUCGGUGACGGGCCGGCGAGCCCGGCGCGGGCGCCCGACGCUCGCCUCUGGGCUACGGCUCGUUUGGGGGACAGAGGCGACUUCGAGGGGUUGAACCCGGGGUGCGGGGUUUCGUGGACGUGCGAGCCGGUGGGGGUGGCCGGUCGGGUCGCGAGGAUAGCGUUCGCGUCGGCCCACACGGGGGUGCGACGCGCGGAGGUGAGCCUGGAAGACGGCGCGAUUGUGGCGAACGAAAAAGACCCACCGGGCGUCGAGAGCCGCCGGCCGAGUUUCGCCGGGCGGUGCAGUUUCAUCGGGCACGGCGCGAGGGUGACGAGCGCGGUCGCGGGUGACGACGGGAUCGUGUGCACGACGGACGAAGCCGGGUUGACGUUCGCGUGGCGCGUCACCGCCGGUGGGACGCUCGAGCCCGCGAGCGACGUCGACCAUUCGCCGCAAAGUCGUCACAUUUAUUCGGAGCGGCUCACGCGGGCAUACACGGGCAUACACGAGGGGAUGCCGUCGGACGCGGUGGCGGUGGCGGCCGCGCCGUUCGGCACCCGCGUCGCCGCCGCCUUCGCGAGCGGACGAGUCGCCGUGUACGAGGGCGAGGUGGACGCGGGGGGAAGAUUCGCCCUCGAGGCUGAGCUCAUCGGCGGACGCGACGAGGAGUCGGAUGGGGAGUCGGCGGGCGGGCGCGGGCGGACGGCGGCGGCGGCGGAGCUCAGCUGGUUCGACGCGGGCGCGGGCUGCGCGUUGCUGGCGGUCGGCGUCGGCUCGUCCGUGGCCGCGUACGCGAGGAUCCCGCGGCGCGACGGGACCGCCGAGGUGGCCGAGGGUGCCGACGACGGACGUCGCGACCGCGAACGGGGCGGGUGGACCCGGCUCUGUCGUCGCGAGUUCGACGACGAGUGCGGGGUGGGCGCGUGCGCGUGGACGCCCGGCGGCGAGUCCCUCGUCGUCGGCGUCGGACGAGAGGUUCACGCGCUGGGUGUUGGACCCAACCUCGCGGCGACGCUGGCGAACGCCGCGGCGCCGCUGCCCGCGUACCACCCGAGCGUCCUUUCGGACUGGCUGACGCGGGGCGAGAUUGGACGAGCGCGGGACGUCGCGAGAAACGCGAUCGCGCACCUCCGCGCCAUCGACGACGGAUCUUGCGCGGCGGAUCCGUCCGCGGGUCCGCCGCCGGUGCCAAUCGCGGAGCUCAUCGCCCGGGUCGGCGCACCCUCGGCACCCUCGGCACCCUCGGCACCCUCGAUACCCUCGGCACCCUCGGGCGACGUUCCGACGUUCGACGCGGGCGCGUUUGGCGGGUUCGCGGGGUUCGCCCCCGCGCCUCCCAGACCCGCGCUCUUCACCUUUGGACAGGACCUCGCCGCCGAGAAAACCGACGAGUCGACGCCGGCGGAGGGUCCGGCUGUACGCGUCGGGAACGCGCCCCCGGGCGAACGCUUCUCCGCCGCCGAGGCCGAGGAGGGAGCCGAGCUGGUCGCCGCGCGCGGCGACGCGCUGCCGGGCCUACGAUCCGACGAGCGCAUGGCCCUGCUCGGGGCUUUCGACGCCCUGCGCGACGCCGACGGCGGCGGGGUCGACCACUCGGGCGUAGACGAAGCCGGUCGCCGAGUGAUUGGCCUCGCGCGAAGCCGGCGGCUGAGGACAACCCGGAGUCACCCCGGUUACCCCGACGCGCGCGGCCCGAGCGGCGAGACGCUCGCGUGGGCGCUGCAGUGCGACACGCAGGACGCGCUCCUGUCUUCGCUCCUAUCUUCCGAGUCGGCGGGUCGCGCGUGGUCGGAGCUGAGGCGGCUCGGCGUCCCGCUGUGGGUGAGGGACGACGGGGAGCUACGUCGGCUCGUGGACGCAGCCGCGCGUGCGGAAUUCGCGGCGACGCGCGAUCCCGGCGGCGAGAACCCGUGCGCGCUGCUGUACGCCGCCCUCGGCAGGACGAGCGUCCUCGCGGGCCUCUUCAAAGCCGCGAGGGACACGAGGCUGGCGGAGUUUUUGUCCAGGAACUUUGCCGAGGAUCGGCACAGGGAGGCUGCGCUGAAGAACGCGUACGCGCUCAUGUCCAAGCACAGGUACGCGUUCGCCGCGACGUUCUUUGUGCUCGCGGGGGAGCACGCGGACGCCGCGGCGCUGGUGUGGCGCAGGCUCGGGGACCUAUCGCUGGCGGUGACCGUCGCCCGGCUCGCGCCGGCGGAUGCUCGGUCGAGGUCGAAGAUCUCAGCCGAGACCGCGCCGCCGACCCCGCCGGGGAUCACGGGCGGCGGGGCAAACGACGACGGCAUGCUAUCCGCGGACGCCUUUGCGGGGUUCGGCGCGGUGGAACCCGCGAAUGCGUCCGCGCCCGACGCGCUCGCCGAGGCUGACGCGGAUCCCCGGGGGGCCCCUCCUCUCGCCGCCGAGCCCGAGGCUCCGCUUCCCGCGAGCCUCUCCCCGCUCGUCAAGGACUUUUUGCGCCGGGAGAUCGUGCCCAGCCUCGACGACAGGGACGAGAUGAAGGACGCGUGGACCCUCGCGGCGCUUCGGUGGAUGUGCGGCGACGGGUCAGAGUCUGUGCGUCUCCUCUCUGGGUUUGCGCCCGCGGCGGAUCUCUGCGAAAUCAUCUCCUCGCGCGGGCCCCUGCGCCUCGUCGCCCCGCGACUCGCCGACGCCGCGGGCGACGCCGCGGCGGCGUCGAGGGUUCCGCUGAUCCUCGCGCUGGAGGCACGCGGCAUGCCGCUCGCUGCGUUGGAGAGGUGCGCGCGCGGCGUCGGAGGGAGGGAGGCGGCGUCCGUCGACGUCCGCGGUCGGCUGGCGGCGGCGGCGCUGGCGGCGGAGGCGAUCGGCCCCCCGGGUUCGUCAGUUCCCGAUCGCGCGAGGAUACACGAAAUCGUCGACGCGCUCGAGGCGGGCAUGAGGCGACGCGACGUGGUCGUUCCGGUGCCGGAAACGCGCGAAUCGCUGAUGAGGAGGCGCGAGUUUGCGGCUCGGGCCGAGGAAGGUCGGGCCGAGGCGGAACGUCGCAACAAAUCGGGAAAUUUCUUCGGGUCGCCGCGCUCGUCUCUCGGCUCGCCGCGGUUCGCGAGCCUUCAGCGCAUCCGCGUCGGAAGAAGGAAUCGCGGCGUCUCCGAGAACUUCGCGGGCCCCGCGAGCCCCACGACGCCGUCGCCCAGGGCUUCCCACGGCCGCGACUUUAUGCAAUCCGGGUUUGACGUCUUCGUCAACACGUCGCUCGUGGGAACGCCGACGAAAACCGGAUCGAAUGUCGCACCGAACCGCCGCGCCCUCAGGACCCCGCUCGAGAUCGCCAAGCUCACCGGCGACGCCUUCCACGGCGUGUGCCUCAACCCGACGGCGCCGCACCAGCUGGGCCUGGCCGCGGUCAGGAAGGGUCUCGUCGUCGCCGACCUGACGCGGCUCGGCCCCGACGCGGAGCACGCCGCCGCCGCGCUCCGGUCCGCGUCUGCCGCUUCGCGUAACCUCCAGAGAACCUCCGUGUUCGAAGGGUUUAAGUUCAGGGGUUACCCGGGGUUACCCUUGGCACCCGACGAAGAAGCAAGCGGUUCGGGACGAGGAGGUCCGACGCGGCCGUCCACCGACGUCGCCGCUCGGUGCGUCGCGGCGCACCCGUCGCGUCCGUUGCUGCUCGCCGGCGCCGCCGCGGGCUCCGCCGUCCUGUGGCGCUUCGACGCGGAGCACGGCGCGGAGCACGGCGGGGUGGCGAUGCCCCGCGCCGCCCGCCCGGACGUCGGCGCCCACUCGGCUGGCCGGCCCGGACCCGUCACCGCGGCGGCGUGGUCCCCGGGGACGGGCGCCGGGUUCGCCAUCGGCGGGUGGGACGGCGACGCGUGCGCGUGGCGCGGCGACGGGAGCAGCAUCGACGGCGCCCCGCCCGCAUCCGAGUGGACGCCCCAUCGCCGGGCUGGGGGCGACCGCCGUUGGGGCGAUUCACGCGUGGAGGCGCUCGCGUACCUGUCCCCGAUGGUGAUCGCGCUGGUGGGUAAGAACCUGUGCGAGACGCGCGGGUCAUCGGGGGACGGCGGCGCGUCCGUCGCGCUGUGGGAUACCUUACUUCCGGGGUCCAAACCGGCGGCGGCGUUUUCGCCGCACGGCCCCGGCGGCACCACCGCGGUGACGACGCUCCUCAUCCCCGGGGGCUCGACGGACGGGGGACCGGCCGGUGUCGUCGCCGGAUGCGGGCCGUGGCCGCUCGUCGCGACCGCCGGACGGAACGGGGACGUCGCCGCGCACGACCUGCGUUUACUCGGCGGGUCCCCCGACGGCGCGAGGUCGGUGCUGUGGCGGGCGUCGGCGUCGCGGGCCGGCGGCGAGGCGCACUGCGCCAAGGUCACCGCGCUGGCGUCGUUAGCCGGCGUCUCCGGCGCCUCCGGAAGCACCGGUAGCUUGCUCGUCUCCGGGUGUAAAGACGGGGACGUGCGCGUGUGGUCCGGCGGGACCGGCGCGCAUCUGCAGCGGGUGCACGGCGCGCACGAGCGGCACACGUUCGUAGCGCCGAGGGGCGGCGGGCAGAACAUCGCGUACGUGGGCGUGUCUGAAAUUUUGGCGCUCGAGGGCUCGGGGGUGUUGACCUGCGGCGGCGACGGGACGGUGAAGCUGUUCAGGCUCACGAACGAGGCGUUCGGGCUCGCGGGCGAAGGCGGUCCUCGGUAG